AUGUGCCCAAAAGCAGUAAAGAAGAUACAACUGUAUCGGAGGGGAAGAGACAGUGGGACUGGUAGCCAUCUCUCUCUUUAUUUGGCAUUAGCUGAUCCGACAUCUCUGCCUCCUACCUCUAAAAUAUAUGCAGAGUUUACCCUGCGCCUCAUAAAUCAACAGAACAGCAGCCUUCACUAUGCAUAUAGUAAAGUUAAUUGGUGGUUCAGUGCCUCCAGUCCCAUGCGGGGCUGGGGUAGAUUCAUUACAGUCGGAUGGUUCUAUGUGAAUCAGGCGAACUACCGGUACUUGGUGAACGAUAGUUGUACCGUGGAGGCCGAGGUCACUGUGCAUGGAACUGCUAGUGCGCUAGAGUAA